UGUGUGAAGCUGUGAGUCAGACACAUUCCUCAAUGCAAUGGGCAAGGCAACUCUCCAGGGGCUGGUUCAGGGCGGGAGACCCACUUCUCCAGAGUCCGUCUGAGUAGAGAGAACACAGACCCGGGAGGAAAAAUCCAUUUUUCCACUGAGUUUGCUGGUUUCCUUGGGCCCAGUGAAUGCUGGAGAAACAGCAAGCAAGGAGCUGGGGAAGACCAGAGAUGUUUCCUCCUGGAUGGCAGAGGUUAUUUUGCACCUAUCCAUCUUGAAGGGGAGGGAGGUGUCCCCUUUUCAGCCCUUCGGUGGUUAAGGAAAACUACUGGACAGAGCUUGCGAUGGACAAGAUCUGGAAAAUGGACUGCGCGUCUGGAGGUGAGGAGUAGACAUCUCUGGAGUACCUUAUAUCUGAUGAACUUUCACCAUUCUUCCCUCUCAUGUUAAGGCUAGACGUGUCCCAUAACAGCGAGAGAGGGGAGGGCAGAGGGAAGGAACUGACAGCCUGAACUGCUCUUACUCGCCCUAUCCAAAGAUGUUUUGUAAUUCUUCCCCCGUCAGCACAAGGCCUGGAGAGGACCCCGAGGGUGGCAGCUUCUCAGAAGAAAGCAGUGGUGGGGAUGACAGCGGCAGUGUCCUGGGAGGGGACAGCCCGGUCACCGGGCCACUGGGUGCAGUGCUGCUGAUCAUGUGCCUCACUGGGAUGGUGGGGAACAUCUACACGGUGGUGGUGGCCUCUGGCAGGGUGGCGGGCCGCUCAGCAGGCUCCUUGGGGGUCUACGUGAUCAACCUUGCAAUGGCUGACCUCCUGUACCUCUCCACCAUCCCCUUUGUGGUCUGCACCUACUUCGCCCACGACUGGUUCUUUGGAGAUGUGGGCUGCAGGCUUUUGCUCAGCCUGGACCUCCUCACCAUGCAUGCCAGCAUCUUCCUCCUGACCGCCAUGAGCCUGGAGAGGUACUGGGCGGUGGCCAGGCCGCUGCGGGCCAGGUGGGCCGGCAACGCUUACCGCAAGCUGGCCAGUGCUGUCCUCUGGCUCCUCUCGCUCCUGCUUACGGCCCCCAUGAUGGUGAUGACCCAGCUGCGGGAGGGGGGCGGCCCCCAAAAGCGCAUCUGCAUCCCCACCUGGACGCCGGCGGCUUUCCGGCUCUACCUGACGGUGCUCUUCGCCACCAGCAUCCUGGCACCUGGUGUGGUGCUGGGUGUCGUCUACACCCGCCUGGCCCAGGUGUACCGGUCCUCUGCCUGGAGCCCAGGGCUGCCGGUGGUCGGCCGGACCCCCUCCCGACGGCUCUUCUCCAGGAUCGCCACCAUCGUGGUGGCUUAUUGGGCCUGCUACCUCCCCUUCUGGGCUUGGCAGCUGGCUGGGCUGUACUGGGGUGAGGGUCUGGGCAUCACUCCCACUGCCCAGGCCUACCUCAACUUCGGUGUCACCUGCCUGGCCUAUGGCAACAGCUGUGUCAACCCCUUCCUCUACACCCUGCUCGCUGGCAGCUGCCGCCGCCGCCCCGGCCACGGUGGGAUGAGCAUGGCACGGCCACCAGCACCCUCCCAGGAGGCCACGGCAGGCCCAGUGGGAGGCCACAGCAUCCCCCCGGCUACUGGGGAGUCAUCGGGGUCUGUGGGGGAAGGUGAGGGGUGAGCAACGCCCCAGGCUGGGAACAUCUCCUGUCCUUUAGCUGGGCUUGAGUGGAGAAAUAAA